GUCCACUAGCAGAAUGUUGUGUUAAGUCUGACAGACGUUCCGACACUGUGCGUCGCUGUUGUUGUAAACACACGUGAGGUUCUAGUCACCAGUGACCGCAACCAGUGAAGUUUCGGUGAUUUCAACGCGAGUCUCUCCUUAUCUCGAGAUAAGAUAAAAGUGCAAACGAUGGAUACGCGGACGGGUCACACCGCCGGCAUGCUGGACCGCGACCAAAGGACCGCCAAAAUCCACACUUUUGACAGGCACGUGGUGCCAGUGAAAGAGCACGAAGAUCCGCAGACUGUUUUAACGAGACAAAAUGAGACGGUUAGUCAGCGCGUUCCGGGAAGGACGAGUCCACACUCCUCGUGUAAAACCAGGAAAAGUAACAACUUCUGGAAGAGUUUAAGCAGAUUAAAGCAAGCCCUAAUCGUCAGCGCUUACCUAACCCUGCUCACAUUCCCAAUCGCUCAGUCGGCGCCGACGAUACGAAAGCCGAUGUCGUCGAGGGAAAAGAGCGACCCCAAGUGGCUCAACCCCUGCGGAAUGGGCAGCCUCAACGGAGCGGCGCCCGAGCAUCGGAUGCCCGACUCCAAACUGAUCGAGCAGAUCGCUAGUAUAGCCCAGAUAGCCGAGUCCAAAGCGAAGACCUUCCAGAUUGACUUCGCCGACAAACUGUUCAACAUGAAAGUGGGACAGCUGCACACGUAUUACGCAGACAAAGACUAUGCAUGGCUGCCGAUGGAGGAGAUCCCCAAGAAGCUGAACGAGCAGGUUCCCCAGGACCAUCUUCAGAGCUUAGAGUUUAAACAGACUUUGUUGAAAGUCUACGUCUACCUUCAGAAGAUCGCUGUUGGUAUGGAGCAGGUCGUCUGGGACGAGGAGGACCGAAAUGGAGAGUUUAAAUCUUCUUUCGCCGCCACCGAGGACUUCUUGCAUAACGUACUGUGCGAGAUUCACACGGCGAUCAUCGAGAAUGACCUCACGGUGGAGGAGACCGUCACUCGGGACCUCAUGGGCGAGGAGUACAGAAACAUGGACGAUACUAACAAGAACGUCCGAAACUGGAUCAUCUACAGAGACUAUCUAAACAUGCUCGAAUACAUCGUCCAGGUAUUUAACCACUUCAAGGCAAACUCGAGCAAAUGAAAUCUCAUUGAGACCGAUUGACUAAGCGCGGCCUCAGCCGCUCGCAUAGAUCUGAUAUAGUUUGACUGUAUAUUUAUAUUUUAUAUUAUUUAAAUAUACUCGAAUUGAUAUUACUUAUUAAAUAGUAUUUUAUAAUUAUUUUAUAGGGACUAAUUUAUUUUUUUAAUUUAUAUAAUGUAAUGUAAAUUAUUAAUGUGUAAAUAUUGUCCGUGCUUUUAGUGAGACACCGAAUUCAUAAUCUGAACUUUCUGAAAAGGAAUGUAUACAUCCACGCCCAAUGUAUUAGUUUAGAUAGAAUUGCUGUGAUAUACCGGGCCGUACUUAACUUUCAUGUCACUGUCGGGCCCUGAAAAAGUGUAAGUACGUCUCUGGAUAAAACUCAAAUUAAUAAAAGUUUGUUGUUUUAUUUUUAA